AUGAUGAGGGAAAUGAUGCAGAAGUUCUCAGAUGGGCGAUCCGCCUACGCCACCGACCAUUUGGAUCUUGUAUCAAGAACCACUGAAAAAUCGCCUUUCUCGGAAUGGAUUCUGAAUGAGCCAAAGCCUCAGGACUUCAUCAUCCCUUCCCUGCCUGCAUUCAAUGGAAAGGGAGACCCGCUAAACCACCUAUUUCAAUUUCAACAAAAGAUGGCGUUAGAAGCUAAUAAAGAAGCCAUACAAUGCAAAGUCUUUUCAACAACUUUCUCCGGGCCGGCUCUGUUAUGGUUCCGACAAUUAAAGGCCAGAUCACUCAACAGUUUUAAUGAUCUCCGAUGGUCCUUCUUACAGCAAUACAGCGCGAACCGAGAGGCUCCCAGAACAAUGGCCGAUCUCUAUCGAAUUGAACAAGGGGAGAAUGAACAUCCAAAGGCAUACUUACAGCGUUUCAUUGACCUCGUGCAUCAAAUCCACGACGUCGACCCACUCACCGCAGCAAAUCUCUUCGUCAAAAGCUUGCAAGUGGGGUCACUCUUGCAUGAGAAUCUCACUAUGACACCACCAUACGACAUGGCAGACGUGCAAACCCGAGCUGAGGGCGUCUUCAGGGUCUUAGAAUUUCGAGAGCGCGCACAGAAGAAGACUGCACUCAUUUCUGCUCCCCCAGCGAAUAACCCUCCACCACCUGCCAGGGAUGACAAGAGGAAGCGGAACCAAACAGAUCAUACGAAGGAAGGAAAAAGGCCAAGACAGGAUCGACAGCCAUCGCGGUACCCAUCCUUCAAAUACACCGUCCCGCAAGAAGUCAUUUAUGAAGAAAAUAAAGAUAGGCCUAUCUGGCGAGAGCCCUACAAAAUUAACACUCCAUCUGACAGAAGGGAUAAAAGCAGAUACUGUCUCUUCCACAAAGAUCACAGUCAUAUGAUCGCUGAAUGCCACAAUCUGAACAAUCAGAUCCAAGCCCUCAUGAGGAGUGGGCGGCUUACCCAAUACAUCAAGGAGACAGACAGACCAGGCGCCUCGCGGCAGAACACAGCUUCUGCCCCCACUCCGCCGGUGUCAGACCCCAUACACACCGCCUCUGACAGCACCUCGGAGCCUCUUAAACAAGUCCCUAUGAUCCACGGGAUCGUAGAACCCACCGAUAAUCAAGAGCACGCGACUAAAAUCCAUAAGAGGAUGGAAGAACGAGUGAAGCAGUAUAAAUCAUUAGGCCACGUAGUCAAUCUCGUCACUUCAGAAGAAAGAAGCUACACAGCCUCUGCUAUCACCUUCACUGACGAAGACCUGAAGGGCGUCCACCUGCCUCAUGACGAUCCACUCGUCAUUUCCUUACAAGUUGACCACUGCCAGCUGGGCAGAGUUCUGAUCGAUGGGGGUAGUGGGGUCGACAUCCUCUUCUGGGAAGCCUUCCAGAAAAUGGGACUAGAGGAAAAUCAGAUCCGACCCUCCACCAUGCCCAUUCUGGGAUUCAAUAGCCACAGAGUCUAUCCGAAGGGCGUCGUUCGAUUAACUGUGGUAGCUGCAGAACGCGCCCUUCCAGUAGACUUCCUCAUUAUAGACUCCACCACGAGCUAUAACGCCAUCAUGGGGAGGGCUUGGAUCCACCGGAUGCAGGGGGUAGUAUCCACUCUACAUCAGGUGAUGCGGUGUCAAUCACUCAACGGCCGAUACACUGUCGACAUCAAAGGCUGCCAGAAGCAGGCCAAAAAGUGCUUCCUUACCUUAAAAGAAAUAAAUAGCUCUGCCUCCCAUGAAGACUCUCCUGACAAAUAG